AUGGCGGAUUCCGGGGCGACUGAAGGGAUGGAAGACGUUCGUGAGGAGAUUGGAGCAGACAUGGGCAUUGCGACGGACAACCAGGAACUGUUGUCAUUUGAACCGAUAAAUCGCUUGGAAGCUGCUGAAAACUACGGAAUCGAUCCAUUCCCUCAUGUUGAAGAAUCUCUCAAUGGAGAAGCAAGAGUAUCUUUGUCGCCUGCCAAUGCGCUCGCUGCUCAAGGGAGGGCAAUCGGCAGCGAUCCAACUACUUUCGCAUUUAAAAGCUAUGAGAAAGGGCGUCUCUACAUCUAUGUCGAGGACCGAGUGCUGGAGGUGAUGCUGACUCCUCUUCUAAAGAUCUUCUGCGGAUGCCCACACCGGAGCUCCGACCUCGAAAUUUUUCAAACAGAGCUAUUCGAAUUUCUACUCCACAAAAAGGCGAAGGAAUGGAGUUCCCUGCUUCCCAUUCUAAACGUAGUACGCCUCAGCCGAGCCAUCCGCACGUCGACCAGCGCCUUCAUCAACUCCAAGCUCACGGUUCGAUCUCGGGUGAUCAGUUUAUACGCCCGUGAGAGAGAAACUGGGAGUAUUCACACUGCCUGGGACGCACACACAGGCACUCUCGGCUUACCGUCGGAGUUUGCCAUCCAAGAAGAGGAUAAAAUGACCUUCCCAAAUCUCAGCACAUACGUUGCAUACGAGCCUGACACCUGGAUUGCCCACCCAUCCUGGGUCCGUUGGGAGCAGUUCCUCUUAGCGAUAACCGCUCCACCGCGCCCAUCCCCACAUAUGCCAUCUAAAGCGGAACAAGUGGCAUUCCUCCUAGAACAUCCGACCUAUACCGCCUGGGUCAAAGGAUCCGGUGGUAGGAUUUUAUACGUUCAUGGAACAACACCCAAUCUCCCCGAAACCCUCGCUGAUCAGCUUCUCUGGCAAUGGCGCAUGGACAGACCUUUUGAUGCACAGAACGACUGCCGAAUUAUACCUUUCACCUUUAAUCACACCGACACCCUGCGCGAUUCAAUGGUGGACUUCAUGGUCUUUGCCAUUAGCCACCUAAGGUUGGGUCGGUAUACUGGCUCCCAAGGAGCCUCGUAUCAGCGCUUGCAGGGUCAAUUUGAAUUCCAUGGUGGAUGGACGGAAAAAGCAGUGCUCUCGAACUUUGACUUUCUUGCACAGCCGUACGAGACUACGGUUUUUCUUUUGCAGAAUUUUGAUGAGUGCGAUGACAAGAGCCGAGCUUUAUUCCACCGGUAUCUGCAGACCAUGUCGGAAGGAACAGAAGAGCACAUCCGCAUCAUGGUAACUUCGCGACAGCCGCACGCCCUAUUAACGGAGCUUUCGUCCUGGCCGGAAAUCAACACGGAUGAACUCAGUCUUGAUCCAGGGGAUAUGGCUGCAGAUAGCUCCUUGAACACUACGAGUUGGGCAGCCCGAGAUGGGCUCGAUCCUGAAGUUGGAGGAAAAGUCCAAAUUUGGAACAAGUGCAUCGGAGAACAGUUGAAUGAGAUCAAAGUGGGACAGGUGGACACAAUCAUUCAACUCAUCCAAGAACACACAGUGUUUGCACUUUUGGAUGGAAUCGGCCCCGGUGAUAGUGUGGCGCAGGUGUUGGAUAGGAUACUUCGGCGAUACAGCAUGGAGGAUGGGUUUACCUGGAUAAUGUCGUGGUUGAUCGCGACUGCGCGGCCAUUCACACAAGGAGAACUGGCGGAACUCCUGUCCUCAUACUUCAGGCAAUACACCAGAGAACAGCAAACAUCAGAGUCCAUUGUUCUGGACCGGGAGGCUGCUCAAUGGAAGUUGGAUGUUUGGCUCCGUGGGCUCGUUGACAUAGACCAGGAGCAAGUGAAAUUCCGCAGCAAUAUUCGCGAUAUCAUCUUUGACAGAACUCCUGAUCAACAGCAAUUCCUCUGGCAUGGGGUGGAAGAGCAGGCCCACCAGACAAUCGUCAAGUUUUGCAUCCACCACUUUCAAUGUCACGCAAUAUUCAAUCCGAUGCAAAGGAUUUACGAAGAACAUCGACAGCGGGGCCCUCAAGCCGACGGGCAAAAAAAGCAGAUGUCUGCUCCACUCACCCCAGACGGAGUAGAUGUUCUGUUCUACCUCGAGUUACAGGAGAUGGCACUGGGCAGCGAUGGUUCUUUCUAA